GGAACCGGGCGCAGGAACUGCCGCCGCGGCCGGGAGUGGUGCUGCCCGGACGGGGGCCCACGGGGGUCAGUGGGGCGGAGGACUCGGAGGCUGACAGCGCGCACUUCACCCGCAGUUGCGACGGAGAAGAUAGCUCGUUGAGCUGGAACCCCACAGAUCACCAAUAAAAAUGAAGGCGGCGGAUGAGCCUGCCUAUCUGACAGUGGGAACUGAUGUCAGUGCCAAGUACCGAGGUGCCUUCUGUGAGGCAAAAAUUAAGACUGUGAAAAGGCUGGUAAAAGUAAAGGUACUCCUGAAACAGGAUAAUACUACACAGUUGGUGCAAGAUGACCAAGUAAAGGGUCCUUUAAGAGUUGGAGCUAUUGUUGAAACAAGGACAUCUGAUGGAUCCUUUCAGGAGGCUAUUAUCAGCAAGUUGACAGAUGCUAGUUGGUAUACUGUGGUGUUUGAUGAUGGUGAUGAGAGAACACUGAGACGCACUUCACUUUGCCUAAAAGGAGAGAGACAUUUUGCUGAGAGCGAGACACUUGACCAGCUUCCCUUAACAAAUCCAGAGCAUUUUGGAACUCCAGUAAUUGCAAAGAAGACAAACAGAGGAAGGAGGUCCUCUCUUCCUGUUAAUGAAGACGAAAAGGAAGAAGAAAGUAGUGAGGAGGAAGAUGAAGACAAGCGACGUCUCAAUGAUGAAUUAUUAGGAAAAGUUGUAAGUGUGGCAUCUACAUCUGAGAAGACUGAUUGGUAUCCUGCCUUGGUAAUAUCUCCCAGCUGUAAUGAUGACAUCACGGUGAAAAAAGACCAGUGUUUAGUUCGAUCAUUUCUCGAUUCUAAAUUUUAUUCUAUAGCAAGAAAGGAUAUCAAGGAAGUAGAUAUUCUCAAUCUACCUGAAUCAGAGCUCUCUGCUAAACCAGGGCUACAGAAAGCAAGCAUCUUCUUAAAAACUAGAAUUGUUCCUGAUAAUUGGAAAAUGGAUAUAAGUGAAAUCCUUGAAUCAUCCAGUAGUGAUGAUGAAGAUGGUCCAGCUGAAGAAAAUGAUGAAGAGAAGGAAAAGGAGGCCAAAAAGGAAGAAGAAGAGGUGCCUGAGGAGGAACUUGAUCCUGAAGAGAGGGACAACUUCCUCCAACAGCUUUAUAAGUUUAUGGAAGACAGAGGUACUCCAAUCAACAAACCACCUGUUUUGGGCUAUAAAGAUCUCAAUCUCUUCAAACUCUUUAGACUGGUUUAUCAUCAAGGCGGAUGUGACAAUAUUGAUAGUGGUGCUGUAUGGAAGCAAAUUUAUAUGGACCUUGGCAUUCCUAUUUUGAAUUCAGCUGCUUCCUACAAUGUAAAAACUGCUUAUAGAAAGUAUCUCUAUGGUUUUGAGGAAUACUGCCGCUCUGCAAAUAUUCAGUUCAGAACUGUUCACCACCAUGAACCAAAAGUAAAAGAGGAAAAAAGAGACUUAGAAGAAUCAAUGGAAGAGGCUCUAAAAGUAGAUCAAGAAAUGCCUUUAGUAGAAGUGAAGAGUGAACCUGAGGAAAAUAUUGAUUCAAACAGUGAAAGUGAAAGAGAAGAAAUAGAAUUAAAAUCUCCAAGAGGACGAAGGAGAAUAGCUCGAGAUGCACAUUCUAUUAAAAAGGAAAUUGAAGAAGAGAAAACAGAAGACAAAUUAAAAGAUGAUACAGAAAAUAAGGAUGUAGUUGAUGAUUAUGAAACCGCAGAGAAAAAAGAAAAUGAGCUACUACUGGGGAGAAAAAACACACCAAAGCAAAAGGAGAAGAAAAUUAAAAAGCAGGAGGAUUCUGAUAAAGACUCAGAUGAAGAGGAAGAGAAAAGCCAAGAGAGGGAAGAAACUGAAAGCAAAUGUGACUCUGAAGGGGAGGAAGAUGAGGAAGACAUGGAACCCUGCCUAACAGGAACCAAAGUGAAAGUAAAAUAUGGUCGAGGGAAAACGCAGAAAAUCUAUGAAGCUAGUAUUAAGAGCACUGAAAUUGAUGAUGGAGAAGUUUUAUACUUGGUACAUUACUAUGGAUGGAAUGUCAGGUAUGAUGAAUGGGUGAAGGCUGACAGGAUAAUCUGGCCUUUGGACAAAGGUGGACCAAAGAAAAAACAAAAGAAAAAAGCAAAAAAUAAAGACGACAGUGAAAAGGAUGAAAAGAAGGAUGAGGAGAGGCAGAAGUCAAAACGAGGACGACCUCCUUUAAAAUCUACACUUUCAUCAAACAUGCCGUAUGGUUUGUCUAAGACUCCAAACAGUGAAGGAAAAUCAGACUCUUGCUCAUCUGAUAGUGAAACAGAAGACCUUUUAGAAAAGAAUUUGAUGAAUGAAGAACUUUCUCCUGAUAUUAAAGAACUAGAAAAAAAUGAAAAUUUAAGUGAUGAUAAACUAGAUGAAGAAAACCCAAAGAUUGCUGCACAUAUAUUAAAAGAAAACGAAAGGACGCAAAUGCAGCCUUUAGAAACACUGAAGUUAGAAGUUGGAGAGAACGAACAAAUAGUACAGAUUUUUGGAAAUAAAGUAGAACACGUAGAAGAAGUUAAGAAAGAGGCCGAAAAAUCUCCUAAGGGAAAGGGAAGACGAAGCAAGACAAAAGAUCUUUCUUUAGAAAUUAUAAAGAUUUCAUCAUUUAGCCAGGAUGAAGCAGGAAGUGAACCUCAUAUAGAAGCUCAGAGUCUAGAAUUUUCUUCAUUAGACAGUAAAACCUUUUCUUCUACUACCGAAGAUGAAACUGACCAAUGUGCAAAAGAAAAAAAGUUGAAACGGAAAAUACUGGGACAGUCAUCACCAGAGAAAAAAAUAAGAAUUGAGAAUGGAAUGGAAAUGACAAACAGCAUAUCUCAAGAAAAGACCAGUGACUGUGCUGCAUCUGAGGGAACGAAAAACUUAAAUUCUGAACAACAUUUUGAAAUAGAAAAUGAAGGAAUGCCGUCAUUAAUUGCCGAGUCAAACCAACGCAUUCAAGAACUGACUAGUGAAAAAUCUGACAGUCCAGCUGAAGAAACUGUAAAUACUCCCCUGAAAGAAGACGAGGAUGCAAUGCCUCUGAUUGGGCCUGAGACUUUGGUUUGCCAUGAAGUCGAUUUGGAUGAUUUGGAUGAGAAGGAUAAGACCAGUAUUGAAGAUGUAGUAGUUGAAAGCUCUGAGUCUAACUCUCUUGUUUCUAUUCCACCUGCCCUACCUCCUGUAGUACAACAUAACUUUUCAGUAGCUUCACCACUUACUCUCAGUCAAGAUGAGUCUCGAAGUAUAAAAAGUGAGAGUGACAUAACCAUUGAAGUUGAUAGCAUUGCUGAAGAAUCUCAAGAAGGUCUCUGUGAGAGGGAAUCAGCAAAUGGGUUUGAAGCCAGUGUUGCCUCUGGUACCUGUAGUAUAAUUGUUCAAGAAAGAGAAAACAGAGAGAAGGGUCAGAAAAGGCCAAGUGAUGGAAAUAGUGGAUUAUUGGCAAAAAAGCAAAAGCGUACCCCAAAGCGAACAAGUGCUGUAGCCAAAAGUGAAAAGAAUGGAACAGGACAAAGCAGUGAUAGUGAAGAUCUUCCUGUCCUGGACAAUUCAAGUAAAUGUACACCAGUAAAGCAUCUUAGUGUGUCUAAGCCACAGAAGCUUGCACGAUCUCCUGCAAGAAUUUCUCCUCACAUCAAAGAUGGAGAAAAAGAUAAACACAGGGAAAAACAUCCGAAUUCAUCCCCUAGAACAUAUAAAUGGAGCUUUCAACUCAAUGAAUUAGAGAAUAUGAACAGUACAGAGCGAAUCUCUUUUCUCCAAGAAAAAUUACAAGAAAUCAGAAAAUAUUACAUGUCUUUGAAGUCUGAAGUUGCAACCAUAGACAGGAGGAGAAAAAGAUUAAAAAAGAAAGACAGAGAAGUGUCUCAUGCAGGAGCCUCCAUGUCAUCUGCUUCGUCAGACACUGGAAUGAGUCCCUCAUCCUCAUCUCCCCCACAAAAUGUACUUGCUGUAGAAUGCAGGUGAUAAACGUUUUCUUUGCCUUCCCAGCAGUUUGCUGCCAUGGACAUAAAUCCCCAAAUCCUGAAAUACAACCACAGAAAGCACUCAACUGGUUUGACAUUGCUAAGUAUAUCCUGUAUACCUUUCCAGGCUGGAUUGUAUCUAUUCCCUCUCUUUUCUUUUUUUCUGUUGCAAAAAUAAGCUGAUUAAUAACUGAAGGUUAGGCAGCCUGCCAUAUUUGUCAUAAUUUUUCCUCUUUAAUUUUUCAUUUUUUGUGAAGAUAGAAAAAGGGCACUUAGCAAAUUCAAUUUGUAUAAUAAAGCUUUCAAAUGUUGUAGAAAUCAUAGACAAGCAAGUGCACGAUAAACAUCAAAAUAUUAUCCAGCUGAAUAGUGACUGCUGCACUUUCACUAAGAUGUAUUUGAACACUUGGUGAGUAGGGGGUUUAUGUUGUGUUUUUUUUUUAUUGUUGUUGUUUUUUUAUUUUUGUGGAAGCACUUGCUAUUUAGAACUGCCAAAGUAUAUGUUCAGCAGUGUGCCCAGGUUUAAAGGUGUAAAUGGGACAAAAUAAAUUGUGAAAGGAAGUGUAGUUGACUGAAAACUACAGUUGUAAUAAGUCUUCCACUUUUUAUAGGAUUUUUGAGCACACAAUUAUGCAAAUAUUUUAAUGUUUAUUAAUGUUUACAGUGGAAUUGUGAAUAAGUUUUCAGUGGACUAUCUUAUCCCUUGACAAAAAUAUUUUGUCUUUUUUCUAUGUAAUUUCAGAGUUUUUAUUUUGUUACAAAAAGACAAAAAUGAAAUAUAUAACAACAAUGAAGUUAUUUAACAAGAUUUCUAAAGCUGAAAAUUUUGUGUAAAAUAAGGUAUUAUCUUGCAACUUGUUAAAUAUAUUUAUUCAGACAUUGGAUGUUGUAUUUUUAUGUAUUUUUUAAAAUAUUAAUAAAAUUGAAAAAAAGAAAAUUCUAGGUUAAUUCACUCUUUGGAUGACAAUAGCUCUCAGCUGUCCCUUUUACAGGAGGUUGCAUCCAGUAACUUUGCCUGUAUUGAAGGGAGUCUGUCUCAGUCCUUCAAACAGUAUAGAACUAUAAAUGGGCAUCUGGAUCAUUAAAGUACGUCCUCGUUUAGAAACUUUGGCAGUCCUAGUAUUUAAACUGUUUUGAGGAUCAAAUUUUUGGUUGCCCUUAAGAUACUUUGUCAUAGUUUUUAUGUUUGCUAUACUGCCGAAUAAAUUUCUAUCUCCCAAAGUUGAGAUGCAACAACUAAGUAAAGCAACUAUGUAUGCUUUGUCUGUGAAUUGUUCCACAGACUGAUACAUUUUGUAAAUAAUUCCAAAAUCAUGUAUUUAAAGCAUUUUUGCCAUAUACAUUAUGUAAAAAGGUGAUUUUUUAAAAUCAGUUUUUAAAUUCAUGUUUGUACAUUGAAAGGGGUUUUUUUUAAACCUCCUUUUCUGUGUUUAAUAUGCUGUAGAGUAAUAACCUAGAUGCUCUAGACUGUGUAUCAGGAUCUGAUUGACAAGAACAAAGUCAGAGCCAAACACUAGUGAUGGCAAACAUUACCGAAAUUAUUGUUUCUUAAUUUCAUUUUACCACAUUGUGAACUUGUGAUUCAGAUUCCUUCCAUUUUCGCAGAGAAUUAAAAAGAAAAAAGUACUCUUGUAAAAUGCACUUUUCUGUCUUUUCUUUGCAAAGCAGAAGUAUUUCAAUGUAAAAUAAAAAUGGAGCUCAGUGGGCAGUAUUAAUAAAGGCCAUGUUUUAAACAUA